AACUGGCAUGUCGAAAAGGAACAUCCAUGAAAUGUGAAAUUUGCCGACGGUCCCUUAAACAGACCGUAACCACUGGAGGCAUAGUGAAAGCGUGCUAAAGGUGUUUUCAGAUAAAAAUCGAUAGCGAAAACAUCUAUUGUUUUUUUUUACACAACGUAUUAUAGCAUACUGUCCAUGCCUUCGAUCAUGGAAUAAGCUGGAGUGUCCAAAUAUACGGAAAGUCCUAAAUCGAAUAUCCAGCGAAUAUCAAACGUCAAGCCAUCUUCACCUCGGUGGUAGCGACCACUAGCUAGUUGUUCGUGGGGAGGAAGUCACAAAAUGGCAGACUUUGACUUAAGCUACUUCCUAGCUUUCUGUUUCUAUUUUGAUUAUUUAUGAUUUCGUCUAACUUUUUGACGGGGAACACCAUCGUUUGGUAUUCACAAGUUGAAGAUGAGAGUUUGCUUUGAUGGUGGCCGAGUGGAGAGAAAACGGAAAGAAGUCAGCCAUGGAAGAAGACGACAGACUAAAAGAAGGUCGUAUGGAGCUAGUGCUUCCUGGUUCCACGGCAUUCGAUGACCGCAUUCUCCCGCCUCUCCACGACUCCUACCUGUACGACGACUCCAGGAAGUCGUUCCUGUACAGCUCUGCGCACCUCAUAAACAAUGUGGCGCUGCAGACACGGUAUGCUGCCUUCCGAGCUGAGAAGAGAGAAUGUGGUUACACAGAGAAAGAACUGGAAGAGUCUUUUGGUUUCCUGCUAUUUGAUGACGAAAACAAGGCCACAGAACUUGGAGACCGUGGACUGCUUACAGGACACGGCACGUGUUCUACCCUUGGCGAGCCCUCCAAGGGUGUGUGUGUCUCUAAAUACUCGGACUGUCUGGACCUUAGACCAUGGUACAGUGGGAAAUCCGGCCACAUAGCUAUCAUCAAGCUCACCAAGGGCAGAGUGAAAGAGGUGAUGGAGAACUACACCCUAAAGUUCACCCCUCCGACGCGAGGGUUCGACACUCACGUGUCGGAGCAAAUCAAAACAGUCACGGCCGCCACCAGCUCAUUCUUGGCCUUUGAAAGAACGCAGUAUUACAUCUAUGAGCUUUUGAAUGGAGGUGAAGAUGCUGAGACGUGUCCUCGGCAUGUGUACCCGUUCGCCAUUGUGGCUUUCUCUUAUGGCGAGGCAGAGACCGCUGUCCCCGGAAAAACAGAGCACAGUGAGGAGAAAGCAGUGUUCGACUACAGACCCUGGACUGGCCGACUCGCGAUCGACUCGUUAGUGUUUGAGAUUGGGUUGAAGUCCAACAGUGGGGCUUUGAUACCUGCAAAACUACCAAAGACGCUGACUGUGAAAAAUGUGAUCAGAGUCACUGACUUGAAGGCACUGUUACCAAAGGAAGUGUUUGAAACCUGUUUUUCUGGCGACAUUUUUGUGGGAGGAAAAUGCUGCAGUGUUUAUGAGGUGAUCGCCACUAAGGAGGAGGAUACCUCCCUGUGUCUCCUCAUCGACGAGCUAAAAGAGAAAGACUUGGCCCUCGUGUUCCUGUUGAGUGACAGCGGAGUGUUUGUCAUGUUACACUCGUCCUAUUUCCUGUCUUACGAAGAUGCGGGUUUUGAGAAAACCGAGUCUUUGCACGGCUUGUUCAUGUUCCCAGAUUCACACACCAUACAGAGAGAUACCAAGAGUGUCCAGAGGGAAUCAGCGUUGUCAUCGGCGGUCCUCCGGGUCCUUCCGGCGCUGAACUACGCCGAGAUGGAGGUGGAGAAGUCUGGCGCGGAUCAGCACAGUGAACUCCGUACGCUGUUUGAGCAGCACCUGAAGAACUACAGGACUCUCAUACAGCCGGGGCUGCAGAACAGCCCUCAGAGAGAGGCAAGCAUGUUUCCGGACCAGUACGACGUUCCCGGAGUUUUCAAACACCUCUAUCCACUGCCCAAGUGGACGGAAGUCAUUGGGCUGAGGGUACUGUUGUACUUGAACGAUCCCCGUUCCUUCGAGAUUCCGGUAAAAAGGGCUUCGGAGCUGAUGUGCCAGCAGCAGAACCGAGACGACCCGGACGACGAGGUAUACUACUACAUCUCAUCCCCAGAGGAACCGCCCAGCGAUCCGGCCAGCGACCGCGCGGAUACGCCUCUAGAUCCUCCGGCCAGCGACCGCGCGGAUACGCCUCUAGAGCCUAAGGACGACAGUCCCACAGACGAUAUGGCCGCAGAGGAUUUAAGUAAAGACUACGUUCCAAGUGUCUCUCCUCCGUCCGAUAAUAUGACGAGCUGUGCUGCUAUGGCGGAAGAUCUAGUGAAGCAGACCAACGCAGAGGAAUCUCCCCAGGGCCGAGGAAUGGACAGUCCCGUUGCCACGGUGCCUGAUGGGAUCGAGUCCGCUGACGAGCGGUCACCAGAGGAUGACCGUAGAUACUGUUCAGAGGACCCUCCUGUGUCCCAGCCUGCUGCCGUAAAGGACUGCAGUAAAUCUGACGCACAACAAGCCGUUUGUACUCCACUUAAGAGGAGGAAAUCUCUACGAGGUAAAGACAGAGACUUUAUUGACAACUCCGUAGGGGUCGAUUCUGCUACAGAUAUGUUGGCAGAGGAUGAUGAUGACCAACCAAAGUCAUCACCGGUGUCAGGAUGCGCGCAGCCUGCUGAGUUGGCCGUGGACUUGCCCGAGGCAGAGGAAGCUGGCUGUGGUUCACUCUCUGUGGGUUCAGAGAAACCUCUAAGCCCCGGGGCGGAUGCUUCCGUUACAGAGGCGUCGAGAGAUCGUGACGCGAAGAUUUCUCCCUCUGAAUUAAAGCUGUCUCCUGCAAUGUGUGAGGAACUUUGUAAGACCACCACAGAAGAAUCUGCAAGCAGUCAGACAGUCAGUGGACACGCCGAGUCGCCUCUUGAAGCAGAGGUCAGUGUUUUAACUGCCACUCCACAAGGGAGUGAGGAUACUGCAGAGGUCAGACAAAGUAACAUGGACAAGUUUCCCUCCCAGUCAAAUCAGGCUUCUGCCACGUCUAAGGACCUCUGUGAGCAAGGCUUAGAUAAUCCUAGUUGCAGGUCACUCUUAGAAGGACAGGAACUCCUAGAUGCAGUAGACAGUGACCCUGUUGCUAGCUUGCCUAGUGAGCUUCCCACCACUCCAAAAGUGUUAAAAGAGUAUAACGAGUCUGAAUCUCACACAGAAAAAGCCCACAGUAUUUUAAACGUUGUAGAGUCAGAGAAACCUCAAGCAGAAGAGGCAGAAGUUAGUAGCCUGAGUGAAACCGUUAGCAUCAUUGAUGCACCUGCAGAAAGGCUGAUAAAAAAUGGUGGUCAAGAAGACAACACACCGUCUGACCGGCAGCCCAAUGAGGACAGCUCUAAAUCCAAUCGCAAGGACAAUGGCAGCAGUCCACUUGCCGUAUGCACGGAGGAACCUCCAGUGGCUAAUAAAAACUGCCCCUCUGCCACUUUACCUGCUGUCAUUGACUCCUCCUCCGCGGGGUCAAAGGACAGUCACAAGUCAGAGUUGUCUUCUGAAUCUGUGCAGGAUGCAGAACCUGAGGACCUAUGUAGUACAUCUGUCGCAGAACAACAAGCUCUCCUCGCUGGGUCAGAGAAGCAUCUAGAACCAGAUGUUAACAGCCCCACUGACACCACCCUCGGUGGGGUUCGCUCCUCUACGAAGAUGCCAACUGAUGCGAGUAAGAGGGAGGACUCAUGUUCUGAAAAGUCAAAGACAGGUGACAAAACAGCCCAAAGUGAGUCCCUAGAACCACAGGUCAUCGGCGUGACUUCAAAUCUACCUGAGGCAGUUGACCUUACUGUAGAAGGUAACAACACUUUACGGGAAUCAUCCUCUGUUUCAGACCGGCCGCCUUCUUUGUUGUUGUCUGAUGUUGUCGUCUCUUCCAAGCCUGAGAUCGAAAACCUCACUACAGGUGAUGUCUUAACAGACCAUGACAAAAAAGAGGACGACGGGGACUCGAUGCGCGUUACAACGUUGCACUCCGAUGCCGCGGAGGAGGUGAUGACUGAGAACAGAGCACCCCUAGUCAGUCCAAAACCCCGUGUCCAAGAGAACACUGGUAAAACUGACAAACCCCUUAAAAAAGUGGGGAGUGGGGGUCCUGACACGACUGUAGAGGAUAAAACUCCUCUGAAACGCGGCAGGAAGCGCCGUCGUGGCAGAAGCUCCAAGCGGCUGGUUUUAAUCAAACCAAAGAUAAGCCCACAACAACAACAACCAAUGCCUCGGAGUAUUAGUCCGCCCUCCCUUGUUCUAACAGAGACUACUCAUGUUGAGCUUGAGGGAGAGGAACAGAAGCUACCCUCUUUAGAUAUUAACCAGUCAAGUUUGUCAGUCAAGCAGAAUGAUGAUGUUUUGCUCGUGGCUGACGGCGUGGCGGAGCAGGUUGACCCGUUAGGUAACAAGUCUGCUCCCUUAAAAUCUUUUGAACAUAAUUAUUCUCAGAAGGGCAAAGCAGCAAACCAGUCAUCUGAAGUUUCCACGGCGAUCGAAUUAUUUCCCUCUAAAAAAAAAGAUGGAAAGACCCUUCGCAGAUAUAGUACUAGGAGGGAACGUAACAACAAGCAGCAGGGUGAUUCGCCAAAGCAGGGUGGGGACAUUAAGCCCUCUGUGGAGAUUAUUAUACAGUCCAAACAAGUCCGCCCGCUGAAGAGGAAAUUAAACCUCGACAGUUUGAACCACGACCUGAGGACCGUCAUCACAGACUGUGGGAAAGUGUUCGUCCCCCACGGCUCCGAGAUGCUCCCGGAGGAUGUGGAGUUGGCGAUGAAGAGGCAAAAAGCAGCCGACGGCGGGAAGGGAUUGCGAAGAAUAAUAAGUCCCAAGGGACCAGGGCCCGUUACUCGGUCCUCGUCCGACUCGGCGAGAGACGCGGUUACCGGCGAGAGUAGAUUCAACGAGUGGCUCGCGCGGAAGGACUCAACAAAACACCCCCUUUCACUGACACCAGAGAGAGGGGAAGUUCUUAAACGACAGUUGGGCGAGCAAUUCCACAGUCCGAAGAACGUAUCGGCCGAACGUCACGCUACUCGAGCGGAAAACUAUCCAUCUCUCCACAGGGAGGUGCUAGACAGACUGCCGAACUGGUUGUUGGGCUUAGAGGAUGAUAGUAACAGCCAGACACAGGUCACUUUUAUGGGACAAGAAAUGCCGACUGAGGGAAGUGAUGACAAUAUUUCCCUUUCUGAGACCAAAGCGGAUGAGGAUGUCUCUCUAGAGGCGUCGCAACUGAACAGGACUACAGAGUCCGAUUGCAAAGGAGAACCUCCUCCUCAGAAGGCCAAGAGGAAGCGAAGCGCGACCUACACGGUCAUUCCCAUCAGCGACCUGAGAACGGUGUUCAAGGUGAAAGGACUCAACCUCGGUGCCUCUGAGCUCGACUCCAAGAGACUCAAAGAUGGUGGUGAUGAGGACGCUGAUGAUGGGAGUGGAGAGGAAUCUAACCCAGCUUCUGUGUCGGACGAGGUUGCGGUGAACCUGCAGGGGGGCCUAAAGGCCAUGCUUGCAGGUUCUACAGAGGGAACUUCUGGGGGGAACCCUGGUGUGUGCGCAGAAUCAGCUCUUACUGAUGAAUAG